GGUAGGCAUGAAACGCUCUUGAAGCUUGCUCUGCGACCCUGCUGGGAAGGAUUCGAACCCGCUUCGGAUAUAUUAGGAAGGUGUGAUUUCCAAAGCCAGUUAUGAAGAGAUUUGUCAUUGGAAUUGGUGGUGUGACAAACGGAGGGAAGACGACACUGGCUAAGAGCUUGCAGAAGCACCUUCCCAACUGCAGCGUCAUAUCUCAGGAUGACUUCUUCAAGCCAGAGUCUGAGAUAGACAUAGAUGAAAAUGGUUUUUUGCAGUAUGAUGUGCUUGAAGCGCUAAAUAUGGAAAAAAUGAUGUCAGCAGUUUCCUGUUGGAUGGAAAACCCAGGAAGCUCUGCGGGACCAGCAGCCUUGGAAAGUGCUCAAGGGGUUCCCAUUUUAAUUAUUGAAGGUUUCCUUCUCUUUAAUUAUAAGCCUCUGGACACCAUAUGGAACAGAAGUUACUUCCUGACCGUUCCAUAUGAAGAAUGUAAGAGGAGAAGGAGUACCAGAGUAUAUGAGCCUCCAGACCCUCCAGGGUACUUCGAUGGCCACGUGUGGCCCAUGUACCUAAAGCACAGACAGGAAAUGAGCUCCAUCACCUGGGACAUUGUUUACCUGGAUGGAACAAGGUCUGAAGAGGACCUCUUCUCUCAGGUGUAUGAAGAUGUCAAGCAGGAACUAGAGAAGCAAAAUGGUUUGUGAUAACACCACACAGAUGGAGUGCAGCAAGUUCCCGGGAUGGAUUCAGAUACUUGAAGGGCUAUUCUGAAGGACAUUUACAGGGAUGCAGUAUGUCCUGCAGGACAGUGGCAGCUCGUCUGUAUGUUCACUUUUGUGCCAUUGUCCCCAACAUCCAGAGCCAUGUGUUGCCAUGCCGUCAGACAGAAACCCCUCCUGAAAGCAAGAAUGGCUUGACCUCACCCUGCAGGAGGCACAGCACAGUUCAUGCACAGAGGGUCAGUUCCUCUAUAGGAACAAAAGCCAAGAGCUCCUGACUGUUACCUAGCACCAAAAGACCAUUGUCGUCUAGGCCAACAAUGGGUGCUAUGCUGUGUAUGCUUCUGCGUUUGUGUGUAUAGUUGUGUGUCCAAGUUUGUAUGUAUAUUUCUGUAUGUAUACAUAUACUCCAAGACUACAAAAUGAACCUUGUAUACUACACAGAAUGUUUUUUUCCAGUUUUCAUUUUGUUUGUAUUGAUUAUAAUAUAUAAUUUGAAAAAUUGUCUCAUAGUAAUGCCGCCACACACACACACACACACACACACACACACACACACCUGCAACCAGCAACAUUACCUGAAGUAAUGGUCUCACAUUGACUGAGUCAGCAGUUUACUGCAGAGCCUGGAGACUUUGUGCUUGUAGCCAUAAAUUCACUUGUAAUUGUUAAAUACUGUGUGUCUCUGUGAGAUUUUUUUAUAUCAAUAGAAGUGUUUGGUAGGGGGCUGGUGAGAUGGCUCAGCGGUUAAGAGUGCCGACUGCUCUUCCAAAGGUCCUGAGUUCAAAUCCCAGCAACCACAUGGUGGCUCACAACCAUCUGUAAUGAGAUCUGAUGCCCUCUUCUGGAGUGUCUGAAGACAGCUACAGUGUACUUACAAAUAAUAAAUGAAUAAAUAUUAAAUAAAAGAGAAAGAUGUUAUCUAAAAAAAAA